AUGCCGAAGCAAUCGAAAGCACCAAAGCAAACACCACGCAAGUCUGCAGUGUCGCCAGCUCUUACAUUUCCAGACAUCUUGCAGAAGGAAACUCUCGAAUGUCGCGUGCUGCUGGAAGACCAAAUUAUCCUUAUAGAUGAGUUUCUCUCUGUUGAAGAAUGUAAACGUUUUGUGAAGUUUAUCGACAACACUCCGUUGGAGUUAACACCUCCCAAGAAGAAAGGGGAAGCUGAGAGGGUCAAUUUUCGUUUUUCUGUGACCUCUCCUUCAUUUGCUCAGAAGUUACAUUCCCUUCUGUUACCACAUCUCCCAUCUUUCCCUCCUCCGGCUUCAGUCAGGCGGCGUCUUCCGCAUGGCGAAAAGCGCUCGCCUCACUCAUGCAACUCAAAUAUUCGCAUGUACAAAUACACGCCGUCGCAGUACUUUGGACCUCACUAUGAUGAUUCUGUCCGUGACCCAGAGACGGAAGCAAAAUCUGAAUGGACAGUACUUGUUUACCUAACUGGAAUCGAGGAUGGAGUUGAAGGUGGCGAGACACUGUUCUACAAGGAUGAGCGGGGGAAAGCACGCGAAACCGUUGUAGCACCUCUAACGCGUGGAACUGUUCUUCUCCAUCGCCACGGAAAUGAAUGCCUACUUCACGAGGGUUCGCUGGUCCGCAAUGGAACCAAGUACAUCCUCCGCUCAGAUCUCAUGUUCAUGUGA